AUGUUUUUUUGCAGAGUAGGAUUCCUAACUGUAAUCCUACCUUAUUUGAAUAUUUUAAAUCCAAAAAUUUCAAUUUUCAAAUAUUAUGAAUAUUUUAACAAGUAUUUUAGAAGUGAACCAAGUGAAGAAGGAAUUUUAGCACUUGGAUCAUACCUUACUUUUUGGUCGUUUGUAUAUUUUGCAGUGACCCUUUGGUUAAUAUUUGCUAAAAAUGAUGAAAUGGAUAUUAAAACUGUUUAUCAAACUAUUUGGAAUAUUUGUAAAAUGCCACUACUUUUAACAGCUAAAAUUGGAUUUAUUGCCAAUGAAGCUGUCACAGCAUUAAAAUUAAUGGAAAAAGGAUUUAGUAAAGAAGAUUUAGCAUUGGCAGUAUUGAUUGAUUUUCCAAUACAGAUUUUAGUUGGAUAUUAUGCAGCUAAAUGGAGUAAUGGACCACAACCAUUAAAACCUUGGAUAAAUGCAUUUUAUGGACGUAUAUUUUUUGCAUCUGUAGGUAUGCUGGUAGUGUACGUAUUCCCUGAAAAUAACAAAGUUUCAUCAAGUAUGUUUUAUGUUGUGAUUGCAAGCAUAGUUUUAAGUUCUUUUACAAGUACUGUACAGUUUGUUUGUAUAUCAGCUUUUAUGUCAUCAAUUGCAGAUCCUGUGAUUGGUGGAACAUACAUGACAGUAAGUACAUGGCCUCGUUUCUUUGUAUUGGAAGCGGUUGAUUAUUUCACAGAUGCUUCAUGUAUAAUUAGAACUUCAACAGAAGAAGAAGAAAAAUCACUAUGUAAAGAGAAAGGUGGUGUCUGUACUGUUCAUCAAGAUGGAUAUUAUAUUGUCUCUAUUAUUUGUGUGUUACUUGGUAUUUUGUCUUUGACAACAUUUAUAAUUCCUACUAUUAAAAAUUUACAAAGUCGUAAACCUAUAACAAUUCCGUCAGAGGUUGAAAUAAAACAUGACUUGACACCUAAUUUACAGCCAAUAACUUUGACUGAUUUGAAUUCUACUACUUUAACAAUAUCGGGACCAUUAGGUAGUCAUUCUAUGCCAAUAAAACCAUUUAUUAAAAUUGAGAUUAUUGCAAAUGAAGAGAAGCGGAAAAGAGAAAUAUUAUCAGCCAGGAAAAAAGAAGUUUUAGAAAGCGUCAAAAAUCAAGAUGUUAUCUUUAUUGAUAGUGAUGUGAGUGAAAAAAAGUUGCGUGUAGACAUUCAAAGUAAGAGCGUAGAACAUCAGAGAGCAAUGUGGGGUACAACUAGAGCUUUAAUAGCAAAUUAUGUUAUUGGUGUCAGCGAAGGUUUCAGAAUACCUAUAAGACUUGUAGGUGUUGGCCAUAGAGCUAAUAUGGAAUCAGAUAAAUUGGUUCUUAGAGUUGGUUACACGCAUCCAAUUCAACUAGAAGUUCCAGAUGGAAUAAAAUGUGAAGUGCUAAACCCUACUCAAAUAUUAUUAAUUGGAAGUGAUUAUGCACAAUUAACAUUAUUUGCUGCGAAUAUACGUAAAAAUAAAAAACCUGAGCCUUAUAAUCAAAAAGAAGGAGGAAUGGAAAAUGAGCCAAUAACUUUGACUGAUUUGAAUUCUACUACUUUAACAAUAUCGGGACCAUUAGGUAGUCAUUCUAUGCCAAUAAAACCAUUUAUUAAAAUUGAGAUUAUUGCAAAUGAAGAGAAGCGGAAAAGAGAAAUAUUAUCAGCCAGGAAAAAAGAAGUUUUAGAAAGCGUCAAAAAUCAAGAUGUUAUCUUUAUUGAUAGUGAUGUGAGUGAAAAAAAGUUGCGUGUAGACAUUCAAAGUAAGAGCGUAGAACAUCAGAGAGCAAUGUGGGGUACAACUAGAGCUUUAAUAGCAAAUUAUGUUAUUGGUGUCAGCGAAGGUUUCAGAAUACCUAUAAGACUUGUAGGUGUUGGCCAUAGAGCUAAUAUGGAAUCAGAUAAAUUGGUUCUUAGAGUUGGUUACACGCAUCCAAUUCAACUAGAAGUUCCAGAUGGAAUAAAAUGUGAAGUGCUAAACCCUACUCAAAUAUUAUUAAUUGGAAGUGAUUAUGCACAAUUAACAUUAUUUGCUGCGAAUAUACGUAAAAAUAAAAAACCUGAGCCUUAUAAUCAAAAAGGUAUUUUUGUUGGUGACGAAACCAUCAAAAAGAAAACAAGUAAAAAGAAAUGA